GGAUAGAUAAAAUUAUAUGGAAACAAAGUAUAGAAGUGAGUGAUUGCUAUCAUUUAUUGUUUGAACAAGAUGAUGAAGGAAUUCUAUAUGUCACUACUAUUGCAAAAAGCGUAUUUACUACCACUGCUGCUUUU